AUGGAUGUCGCAUGGAAGGAUUUGAGUGUGAGCGUGAGCAAUGGACGAGUGUUGCUGGAGAGUAUGUGUGGCUAUGCCCAGAGUGGCCAAGUCACGGCGAUCAUGGGUCCUUCGGGAUCCGGAAAGUCCACCUUGCUUGAUGCGGUUGCUGGUAGAUUGGCCAAGAACGCGAGGCGAGAAGGAUCCAUUUUUGUGAAUGGGAAUCUCCAGACGAACAUGAGGCAUGGGACUGCGGCCUAUGUGAAACAAGAAGAUGUUUUGCUAGGAACACUCACUGUCUUAGAGACAAUCACUUACUCUGCUCAAUUGAGGCUGCCUCACUCACUGCCCCAAAGCCAAAAGAUGGAGAUGGUUGAGAGUGUGAUCACUGAGAUGGGGCUUGGAGAUUGCAAGCAUACAGUGGUGGGAGGUUGGUUCUCACCUGGAUUGAGUGGAGGGGAGAAACGAAGAGUGAGCAUUGCUUUGGAGAUUCUAACUCAGCCAUCUCUUUUGUUCAUGGACGAACCAACCAGUGGUUUAGACAGUGCAUCUGCGUUUUAUGUGAUUAAAACAAUUAAGAACCUAGCUACUUCAAAACGCACUGUUAUUAUGUCAAUUCACCAGCCAAGUAGCGAAGUGUUUGAGCAGUUUGAUAAUCUUUGCCUACUAUCUCAGGGAGCACUUGUAUAUUUUGGAGAUGCCAUGGAAGCUAGCACGUUCUUUGAGAGUGCUGGAUUUCCUUGUCCUCUCCGAAGAAAUCCAUCAGACCACUAUCUUAGAGUUAUUAAUUCUGAUUUUGACAAUGUUCAAAACAAAUUUAAGAAUGAAUGCAUCCACAUGCCUCAAGCAGGAGUUCUCCAUCAGCUUUCCACGUUAACUAGAAGAUCAUUUAUAAAUAUGACAAGAGAUAUUGGAUACUAUUGGUUGAGAAUCUUUGUAUACUUUAUGCUUAGCAUCGUUAUUGGCAGUAUAUAUUUUAAUGUUGGCACUAAAUACAACUCCAUUGCAGCAAGGAUUGGCUGUAUGGCUUUUAUUGGUAAAUUUCUUACAUUUAUGUCAAUUGGAGGUUUUCCAUCUUUCAUUGAAGAGAUUAAGGUUUUUAAUCAUGAGAAACAAAAUGGUUACUAUGGUCCCAUUGUAUUUACUCUCGCAAACACACUCUCUUCCAUUCCUUAUCUCCUUCUUAUUUCAUUGAUAUCAACAAGUGUAUUUUAUAAUAUGGUUAAACUCCACCCAGGCUUUGAUCACUUCAUAUUUUUUGUGUUGAACUUAUUUGCAUCUGUGACCGUGGUGGAGAGCUUGAUGAUGUGUGUAGCAUCAAUUGUUCCCAAUUUUCUCAUGGGAAUAAUUACAGGAUCUGGAAUCUUGGGGUUAUUCAUGCUUGUUGAUGGAUUUUUUAAACUUGCUAAUGAACUGCCAAAAGGCUUUUGGAAAUAUCCAAUGCAUUAUAUAGCAUUUCAAACAUAUUUACUUCAGGGUCUUUAUGAAAAUGAUUUUCAAGGGCUUGAGUUUGAUAACAAUGAUAUUUUUGGAGGAAAGCUAUCAGGAACAACAAUUCUUAAACAAUAUCAAGUAGAUCUCUCAAGAUCUAAAUGGUUGAACUUUAUAAUCCUGUUAAGCAUGAUUUUGGUUUAUCGAGGAAUUUUUAUUACUAUCAUCAAACUCACUCAGCUCAUAGAUGGGAAACCUCUGAUGCUGCCUCAAAUAAGCAGAGUAAGUGAUUGUCUCCAGAACAGUGAGCUUUCCCAGCAAAACAUGCCCUUGAUUUACAUAAGCAUCUGA